AAGUGUGGCCCCAGCAGAUCCAAAUGCCUUCAUUUCUUAGACUCCUUUUAUGGCCUUUUCCUUUUCCUUUUCCUUUUCCUUUUCCAAAACACACACUUAAAUCCCAUAUAUGAUUCUUAUUUGUUAGGUUGCCAGCUUUAUGAAUGUCUGAACCGCUUUGUUGAGUUGCUUUCUGGGGCUUUCACUGAAUUUUUCUCGUGGAUUUUUUUUUUUUAAUGGCGUUUGUGUUUUAUAACUCUCAGUUCUUGUACAUCAAUGUAAUGAGUUGGUGUGGAUAAGUAGAUUCUGUACUGGGUACUUGAAUCAGAGGAUUUUGAGUGAGGUUUUGGCUCUGCCUCAGGUCGCUUAAGAGAGAUCGAACAAAAAUGCAGUGUACAAGUUACGUCCCUGUAUAUUACUAUGCGACGAAUCUUAAUGCAGGUCCAAAUGACUUUUCUUGGCCUGUAUUUAGUGACGAUAUUUCUCAAAGAAAUGGGAGAAGCUACAAUAUUUCAUUGCCACCUUGUAGCGUGGACCAAUAUUUAGGAUAUAAUAAGGAAGUAAUGAGACAAAAAAUGCUUGAGCAUGAAGCCACAUUUAGACUUCAGGUCCAGGAACUACAUCGUCUAUACAAAAGACAAAAGGAGCUGAUGGACGAAAUGCGGGAGAGAGAAAUCUCCACGCAACAUGUACAACUGCAUACAUCGGAAUCAUAUCCGGAUUUAUGUCAGGUCCAAUCUGACACUACUCAUAGGGUUUCACAUACGCCCAGCUGGCUAUUUGGAAAUUCUUCAGAUAGCAAGUUGUAUUCAGUAACUGCGGACAGCUUUCAAGAACCUCAUCCUUUUGUUGCAAAAAAGAGUGUAAAAGGAGAAGCUGGCCUGCCCUUAACGAAAAACAGUUCGACUGAACUGGAAACACUGUCAUCCCAAAGUAAAAGAUGUGGCAAGAAGCUCUUGGAUCUUGAACUUCCAGCUGACGUGUACAAUGAUGAUAAAGAAGCAGAGUACUUUGAAGAGGGAAAUUUUAACGUAGCAUCUGACGUUCUCUCUAGUGUUCUCAAGAAACUUGACUCUGUUAAGCCUGCAUAUUCUUCUAGUUCUAAUUUAAGUUGCACUAAAAUCAAUUGUUUGAUUGACUUGAAUGAACCUGUACAGCUUGAAUCACUGGGUUCAAAUUCCACUUGUCCAUUUGAAACUGACACCAGCCACAUAGAGAUUGUGCUCCAUGAUCAGGAUGUGAAUUGCGAUAAGGGCUCAGGUGGUAUAAAUUAUGCACGCCUUAUUGAUCUAAAUUCGAUGCCCCUCAGUUUAUCAGAGACGACAAUUACUCUGGAAAAUGCCAGGAAUAUGGAAGAAGAAACUAAACUUGAAAAUUCCGAUGGAAGAGCAAAAUCAGAUGCUGAGAUUGUUGAUGAAUUUUCGACAUUUAACACUGACAUUGACUUGAACAGUGGUGUAACUGGGGAUGAGCCUUCACCAGCAGUGCCAAGUCAAAAUGGUGGAAAUGAUAUGGAGAUUGACUUGGAGUGUUCUUCGCAGAGAGAAAAAUCUAAGAACUGCGAACUGCAGACACCUCCCUUUCUGCCCAACCGGGAUGGAGAACCAUUCAUCGAACUUGAUAGGAUUGCUGCAGAGACUUUGAUUUUGAUUUCAUCAUCUAUAGGUCAACUGCAUUUGAAGUCUGGAUGUAGUGCACCACUAGACAACUCAGAUGACCGUCUGUAUUGGUUUGCUGGGAUCGUUUCUUUCAUGGGAAGUGAAGUGCUGCAUGAGGUUGAGAAACUCCAGGAAGGUUCUACCGACAAUGAUCAAACUGAGGUUUCAAGUGAUGGCAUUGACGAUUACGAGUCAAUGACAUUGAAUCUGCACCAAAGCCACGGUAAUUAUUUUUGUCUAAACGUUCAGAAAGAGAAAGAAACAAUUGAUACUACAUUGCAGGGUCAGCCAAGCAGGGGAAGAGCGCGGGGAACAAGGCUGCGCAAGGACUUUCAAGUAGAAGAGGACAUUCAAAUGAAUAAAGGAUUCCUCAGAACAGGUGCACGGAGGAGAGAUGCAAUCAAGAAGACUUCUGCAAAACAAAAGAACCAUUCCAAUUUACGGCCUUCAAAUCGUGUGAAGAAAUCAGUGAGUUCCAUUUUGAAACAGCCUGCUACUUGCAGUAAACAGGGCUUUCUGGAGAACUUGAUUGGCUGGGGGAAGAUGAAGAAACGUCGAGGAGGUCGAGCCAGAAAAAAUCAUCAUUAGUCUAGUUGGCUCAUGGGGAAUGAAUGAAGUUAAACUUCUGUUAAUUAUAGGAAAACUUAUCAUACUCUAGCAGAAUGUUUUGUAGUGACUGGUUUGUUUGAUCAUGGAUAUUCUUGUACAGAUUCGAUUUAAUUCUAAAACUGGUUGAUGUCAUAUUUCUGUUGCCACAAUUUCCCUGUAUGCACUUGAAGAAGAAAAACUGGAAAUUAGGGAUGAGAAGGCAGCACAAUUAAUAUCUGUGGUUAGUUAUGGAUUAUGCAUCAAGUAUGUCAGUUAAUAUUGUAUUUUGCAUAUUUAUAACAGAGCAAAAUUUAUUUA